AUGGACGAUUCAACAGUAACUGCUGGUUUCAAUUCAAACAAAGGUUUGUCUGAAAAUGCCGCGUCCGAUUCCUCAGAUGAGGCAGUGGAUGUAACCAACAAUGGAAAAGAUGAUUCAAACAGCAAUGACAUUACUGAUGAUAAUGAAAAUGUUUCCUUUAAUGGAAAGGAAAACCUUGUAGGUGAUCAGACAACUGAGAUCGACUCUCUGUCUAAAACUUUUGAAAACGAGGCUAGUGAUGAAGAGUCCCAGAGAAUUGAAAGCCAUGGAAUAAAGUACAAGAAUCAAGAACAUUCAGAAUUUUCUUACAAGCCUAAAUUUUUCAAUGUAUAUGAUGAUGACUCAGAUCAAAAUUUAUUUGCUGUUUAUGGAAAAUUGCAUGUUAACAAAAAGCAGAACGAAAAUGACAAACAACUUCCUGAAAAUAGUGCAAGUUCAGAAGUGCUACAGGCUUGCAAAAACAUAGAUGUCAUAUUUGUGGUUGACUCCUCAGAUGAUGUUUCAGAAAAGGAGUUCAGAUAUAUCAAACAAACGCUAAUCAAAAUUUCAAAAAUGCUUCAAGAUUAUAGACAAAUGAGAAUGGGGGUUGUUUCAUACGGAUCAAGAAUCUCAGACGUGAUACACUUAUCGAAUAAUGCGUCUGUUAUGUCAAGGUCAAUCCAAACGAUAAAAACGUCCAAAGGUUCUAAUAAACCAUAUCUAGGUAUACUUGCUGGUCGAGGGGCGUUUUCAGAUGAUAUACCAGACAGCACAAAAAAAGUUAUAGUUUUCAUUGCAAGUGGGUUGCAACAAUACACGAAGCCAACAUCGCAACAGGCAAAAAUGGCGAGGGAGGAAGAAAUAAAUGUAAUGACAAUAGGAUAUGGCGAAGGAGCAGUCAGGCAUGACUUUGAGGAAGUUGCAACUAGACGUAGUAUGGUUUAUACAUAUAACAGGGCCGGUAAAGUUUACGAAAAUGCAGAUAAACUACCUUUGUAUAUUUGUAAAGCAGCAAAACGAAGAGCUAGCAACGAUGAAAGUAAAAAUAGCGAGAACAAUGACAGUUCAGACGAAAGUGACGAAAGUGACGAAAACAACGGCAAAGGAAGUGCAAGUGACGAUAACUCUAGGUCUAAUAGCGAUAGUGAUGUGAACACUAGCACGAGCAACGAAAUUGACGAUAAAAGUGAAGGUAGUGGUGCAUCAUCUGGAAGUGAUAAUGACUCUUACAAUGAAAGUGACGAUUGGCAUAAGAGAAGUAGUAACAGUCAUGACGAAAGUGACAUGUUUGAAAAAUCUGACGAGAAUGACAAUUCUGGAAAUAGCAGCGAUGAUGAAAAUUCUGAUGAGAAUAGUGAUAGUACAUCCAGUGAUAAAAGCGAUAAAUCUGAAAUCGGCAAGGAUAGUGAUGCAUCAUCUAGCGAUGAAAGUGAUAACUCUAAUGACAACAGUAAUGAUGAAACUAACUCUAACUCAAGUACCAGUGAUGAUAGCAGUGAUGAAAAUAAUGGUAACGAUGAUAGUGACGAUAGUUCUUCCGACAGCUCUAACAACAGCAAUGACAGUGACGCUAGUUCUUCCGACAGCUCUAACAACAGCAAUGACAGUGACGCUACUUCUUCCGACAGCUCUGAUAAAAGCGAUGAUAGUGACGCUAGUUCUUCUGACAGCUCUAAUAAUAGCGAUGAUAGUGAUGCUAGUUCUUCCGACAGCUCAAAUUCGGAAGAAAGUUGGAAUACAUCAGAUUCAGAUGAAGACGAUAAAUCGCUUUUGCGAAAAAAACCUGAAGAUUUAUGCAGAAAUUCCAAGAUGAUUCGUGGAGUGGGAUACAAAGUACACCCAACAGACUGUGAUAAAUUUAUCCAAUGUUAUUUUGAUGGAUUUGGUAAUACACGAGCAUCAGUAAAAUCGUGUUCAUUCGGAGAGUAUUGGGAUCAAUAUAAUGUUGCUUGUGUUGAUGCACAAAUAGCUAAUUGUCCAAAUGAUCCAUGUAAAGCUCCGGUUCUGUUUACCAGAGCAAGUAAAAACAGCUGUCGUUCAUACUGGGGCUGUCACAAAGGUCAAUCAUUUGUCAAAUGUUGUCCAGAGAAAAUGUCUUAUCAGCCAAGAAAGGGAUGUGUUCCUGAUCCGGACUGCGUUAGUGAAUGUCCCCCAGAAGAGGGACCGGAAUAUGGGACUUGUGAUAAGAAACCGUUGUUUGGAAAGCCAUAUCUAUAUAAACAAUGGAUUGAAAGCGGACAUUGGGUUGAGAUGUUGUGUGCUCCUGGAACACUUUUUGAUGAGAAUGAUUGUGGAUGUACAAUGAGAACAACACAUAUGACGUCACUUGGAGUCAGAGCCAUAGCAAAAGAAACUUGUAAACCUGAACUAUACUUGCCCUUCUGUCAAGGAUUUAAGGACUGGUCUAAUAAAAAUACCUUAAUUCAAAAUGAAGAUGAUAAGGUGGUCGUGGUAAAUGGUAAAGCUUAUUUUGAUGGAAAGUCCAGUCUAUUUAUACCAAGAUUUUCUGGUGCACAUUAUGGAGAAAGUAUAUAUAUAAAAAUAAGAUAUAAACCUGAUUUUUCUGACGAUGCUCCUGAUGUACAGGCGGAUGAUACAAAUGAGUCCGUCUAUGAAACGAGAAGAAAACGAUCAAUUCUAAGCAGACAACGGAGAGGUUCAAAAAUAGAAAAUGAUGGUCAAAAUGGCGACGCAGCGGGAACAACAAAUACAGAACACAAUCAGAAUGUAGAAUUUAACAUGGAACCCACCAAUCAAGUUGGAGAAUCCAUGGCAGAUAUGGAAAUAACUAAUCAAAAUGCAGAGGCCUCGUUUUCGAAUGUAGAAGUUAACAAUGAUAUUAACGAUGCCACAGACAGUGUUAAUGAAAAAGGUCUCAGUGAUGACACCACUGGUGCAGGAGAUUCCACCACCAAUCAAGCUGAUGAUAACAAGAUAUCAACAAGCCAAUCAUCUGGAGAGGUGGGAAACGUACAAGAUUGGAAUUCGAAAAAUAAAGACGGUGGUGGAGACGGAAACGAUAAUUCUAUAUCUAUGUCAAAAUCGUCUGGUGAGAUAGGAAAAUCUGACGAUAAAAUCGGAGAUGGGAAAGGUUCUGAUUCUGACAGCGGUGAACAGUAUUCGUCGUUUUUCGAAACAUCACAUUUCGAUGAUCAACGUGGUGCUCAUUACGACUACAACUUUGAUAAAAUUGACAAUAGCAUUCAGAAUGCUCAAAAUACUGUCAAUGAGGUGAAUGAUGGAAACAGUAAUGAAGAUGAAUCUUACUUUACGAACUGGUUCAGUAACGGGGACGAUAACAGUGUUAAAAACGAUAACUCAGAAUAUAAGGUUUCAUCGAAUGUUCAAAAUGAUAAAGAUAGUGGGAGUGGUGAAUCUUAUUUCAAAAAUUGGUUUGCAAAUUCUGACGAAAAUGGAAAUGAUGAUAAUAAGAGAGGAAGUGAUGAAAUUAUGUCAACUUAUCAAAAAUCCAGCGGUAGUAGUGAUUUUUUUUCAAAUAGUGGGCUUGUCGAUGUUAUACAAGAUCAAACAAAUGGUCAAGCAAGAAGCCAUGAAAGAAUCGAUCAAAAUAAUGGUAUAUCUGUUCAAAGGGUAAAGCAAAGAAAUGACGGAUCGUCGGGUGAAGACAAUGGAAAGCAGAAUCAAAAUAUGAAAGUUUUUCAAUCAUCAAGUUAUAAAGGGCGAAAAUUUAGACACGGGUUUGGAGAAAAACGAGAUUUCUACCGGGAUUAUAGCAGCGAUGAGAUUAAUAAUGAAGGAGAUGCUGUCGAAAUAUGGGAGAAUUCGAGUGAGGAAAAUUCCAAACACAGACGAAAGCUUCGAACCAGGAAUGAUAGUGACAAUAGCGAUGAUAGCAAAGGAAGCGAUGACAGCAGUAAUCAGAAAAAACGUCGUAAAAAUACUCGUAGAAGCAGCAAUAGCGACAAAGAUACCGACAGCGACGUCAGCAGUGCAAUAAGCGAAGGAUAUGUUGAUAGCAAUUUUGAAUUAAGUUCCGACUUUGGAAAUUCAAAUCUUCGAACUAGUUUAGGCAGUCAACUUCAAAAGGAAGAAAUGUAUUUUGCAAAGACAAACAUUGAUGAGAAGCGUGAAAGAUUAAAAUUUAUUAGCAGGAUUCGAAGAGAAAGAAAUGAAAUGUUGCAAGAAAUGGAAAACUCUAGAAAAGAAAUUAUAAAUAACGUGAAUCUUAAAAAAGAAAGAUUUCGGAAAAGUUCAAGGUCAGAUAUGGCGUUGAUAUCAAACGGAGCAUGCAGUAGUAUGUCCAAAUCUGGCUGUCUAGAAGAUCCAUCUCUGUCGAUUGGUACAAACAGUGAAACAACCACAUGUUCUGUUUAUGCUACAGAGAGCAAAAGGACAAACAUCAAAUUAAAUAAAAGUGAUAAGGAUGAUGACGAUUGGAGAACAGUGAUAUUUACCAUUAAUGAGGGGGUGUUUCGUGCUUAUGACGAAGAUUCCACAGACUUUGAACCAGUAUCAGGUCCAGUUAAAACAACAUUUUCCGGAAUAUAUAUUGGGAAAGGUACUGGAAUGGAGAACUUUAAAGGAUAUAUGGAUGAGGUUUAUAUCUAUUUCUGCAAACCAGACGAAUUAGACGAUUUUAAAUCUAUGGAAUUACCGAAAAAGAAAAACUCGUCUGAUGAUAGCUGUGACUAUAUGAAUGAAAACAUAGUUAAACAAAAUUCUGAAAGCAAUGAAGAAAUAAUUGUAGAACCAGUAGAACCAUGGUGGGGAGAAUAACAAAGAUUUACUGGUUAAGGAAUAUGUACCAUGAUUGAUGGAAAUACCAAUUAAGAAACGAUUUUUCAAUGGGUACGCCGUAGUUCUUGGCAUAUUUAUUUGAAUAUUACCUCCCUUGCUAGAAUUAGAACGCUGGGAAUGCAUAAACGUAGUUUACAAGGAUUACAAAGUUCUUUUUUAAUGUGUCUAUUGUUCGCUUAAGACAUCACAACAUUUCUGCUUAUCACUUUGGUAAACUUCGGCGUCCCUCGACAAACUUCGGAAGGAACAUAUCAUCGGAAUUGAUAAAAAUUUUCGAUAUGGUACCGACACCUUAAUUAAAUAUUCAUAUAUGCAUAUCCAUAUUUAGAUUAAACAUAUACCUCAGAAAUCCGAUCAUUCAAUAGU